UCGAGACGGCAGUCGCGAUCGCCUUCUGGCAAACUUUAUCGUGACACCGUUUCGUGCGUGUUCGAGAGUCGGCCGGUUCGUACGAUCGGGUUCGUUUCCGCCGUAACCGAUCCGGCUCGGUUUCGCGACCGAUGAAUCUGGUGAUACAGUAAUUUUCCUCGGUGUGCGAUUACCCUGUGCGUCGUGGUGCAUCGUUCCCCGCGACGGUCCCUCGCGCGAUACUUACUGAUGUAGAACAUCAUGGCUAUCAGCAUCAAGUUCACGAAAUUCGACAACACACCAUGGGGAUUUCGAUUGGCCGGCGGGAGCGACUUCCCGCAGCCGCUGACUGUCAUCAGAGUGACAGAGGAGAGCCUCGCAGAAUGCAUGGGCUUGAAGGUCGGCGACGUCGUGGUCCGAUUGAACGACCAGGCGAUCGGCGGCUUGACCCACGGUCAGGCGCACGAAGAGUUGGUGCGAGCGGGCAAUAAUUUCGUUCUUGGGAUACAGCGAGAAGGAGAUCCACAUAAGGCUCUGGAGGGACUGUCCGAGGAGAACAUCGUCCCGUACAAGAUUCCCCUAGCGGAACUACCGCCGGUAUUCCCGGAGCAGAUCUUGAAGGAGGAGACGGUGAUCGAGCAGUGCGAGGAGAUCACGUACGAGGAGAAGACCGUGGUGGAGGCCGAGCCAGAAGUGGAACCGCUCCCAGAGAAGCCAAAAGACGAGAACAGCGAGAUCGUGCCGAAUCAGAAUCUCACGGACGACGAGAUCGCUCAGUUGAUUCUCGAGGAGGAGGAGCUGCUCGACGACAAGGGAGUCUUGGGGGUGAACUUCAAGAAGCUUCGACCCCGGGCGACGGUGCUGAAGCAGUCGAAGGUGAUCGAGGAGCUGCAGAACAUCGCGACAGCGGAGCCGCCGUUGGUCGAGCAGCUGAGACGCACCUCGGUGUUCCUGCAGAAGCCGCAGCGGCCGAUCCCGCAGCCGCGCAAGAAGGAGGAGCAGCUCGAGGAAACCGAGGUCGAGUCCUACCGGGUGGUGAUCACCAAGCAGAAGAAGAGAACCGUGACCGACCGGCUGCUGGAGAAAGGCUUGCUCAAGCCGGAAGAGCAAAAGACCCCGGAGCCCCCGACCCCCGAGGUAAUCAUGGCCAGUUGCGAAACGGUGUCGAGAAUCGAGGAGACGAUCCUCCCUCGCGAGGAGGACGAGUCGUGCGAGCUGCGCGCUUUCGAGCAGCUCGAGGCCGUCGGUUCCGAGCCGCUGCUCGAGUUUCCCUCGACUUCGUCCCCUUCGGACGCGAUCGAGCCGGAAACCGUCGUCGUCGUCGCGCGCUUGGAAAUCGCCGCGCCGGCGCAACCGUCGAAGCGCAGAGAGGCCGCGGUCGUGGCGCGGCGGCCUUUGAGCAAACGAAAGUCGAAGGGAUUCUACACGAGGGGCCACUACUUCCGGCGCUGCUUGUUCGGGAAAAAGAGCCUCUCGGACGCUAAGAAACCGGCCAGAGCCAGGUCCACGCUCCGAGAGCACCCGCAGCAGAACGUCGUCGAGGACGUUCCGCUCGAUUCCGAGCCGCCGGAAGGAACGUCGCGCUGCGGUAUCAUCGAGAAAUCGCCGCGGUUCAGGGUCAAGGGUCGCUACCUCGAGACGUACUUGAAGCGCGAGGACAACUGGAUGAGGCGAAUGGUCGACGGACUCCUCGACAAGCCGGAGAGCUUCUCCUCGAGCAGGCUGUUCGACAGGCUAAUUUCGCGCAAGGAGGUGUCCUGGCGGAGGACCCGCUACGGGGAGAGGAUCCUCGCGCGCAGCGUCGAGUUCGUCGCCGUUCGUCUUCGCUCGGACCUGCUGGCCUAUCUCGAGCAGGGCGGCUCCGUGGACGCUCUGAAUCCCGCCCAGUCCAGGAUCCGCAAGCGAUUCUAUCUGAAGGGUCGCUACUUCCAGCGCAUCCUCUGGAGAAACGUUGCCCGCUUGGUGAACUAUCUGAAGGGCGUCUCGUCCUCGAGAGACGUGCCGCGCCGCGACAGGAGGAGGAGCUCGAUGAUUAAGAUGAAGGGUCGGUACGUGGAGAAGUGUCUGCAGAGCGGUCUGUUCUCGCGCGCCGCGACGCGUCCCAUCGUCGUGUCCUCGAAGAGGAAGCUGUUCGCUCGUACUCGCUACGCCGAGCGGAUCCUGAAGAAGCACUUCGAGUCGCUCGGCGUGAUCGUGGGCUACCUUCGCGGCCAGAUCCUCCGAGCGAUUUCCGAUUCGUCGGCGCUCGCUUCGCAGAGCUGCCUCUCGGAUCGAGAGGACCGCGCCGCGUUCUCCGAUCUGCUCCGCUCCUCGAAAGACUUCAUCUCGACGGAGGUGUUCCACCGGGGCAGCAGGCGUCUCUCGAGACCCCUCUGCCGAGCCAGCGUCCCCGAGCCGAGCUCGUUCGCUCUUCUGCGAGACCUUGUGCUCGAUUGGCUACCGGCCAAGCUCACCGGCCGAUUCGCCGAUCGGGCGACGAUCGCCGAGAAGAAGGCGGCCAGCCUCGACGUGGACCGCGACGGUCGCAGGUUGUCUUUCGUCCCGACGAUCCUCUACGAGGGCCUGACGAACCGAAUCGGCGUCGACUUCACGAGGCUGGUGGCGUACGCGUUCGUACCCUGCACCUCGAUCAUCCUGCUCUACAUGUACAAGUGAUCCGCUCGAUUCUCGCACGAUCGUCCGCAGCACCGUUUCUUUUUUGCCGAUUUACCUUAGCGUUCGCCGAGAGAAGGCUCGACGAUACGAUCGCGGCCCACCCGUAAACGCGCAGCGAAGGAAGUCGAAAAAUGGUGUUGGUUGCUCGUAAUGUGUGUUGUUGUUCUUGUAUCUUCUUGUCCAGUGUAACCGCAUAACGUGUUUACUCGUAGCUAGAGGCAACUUGUCCCCGGAGCCGGAUGCGGAGGAUUUCUUGUUCGUUCUAACAUUAGCAAUAAUAACACCGUGACGAUUCCCGGAGUCGGAAUUAGAUCGAUUUGUCGCGCGGCCCGACAUGUAUGUGUAAUCGUAGCGCAGUAUACUCGUAGCUGACUCGAUCCGCGCGUCUUGUCCGAACGAGCGCGGGAGUAGAACUCCUCGUGUGUCGGAUCGAUGCAUGUUACAAUGUCUCUGUCUCACCACAUACACACUCUCAUUGUCAAUGUACGCACACGAAUGGAAGUAAAAAAAGAAAAAAAAAGAAAGAGUACCCAGUACACGUUCGAAAUAAAAUGCGUAUGUUUGGAUGCA